AUGGACUCAACUUACACAGUGACACCGACUCCGGUGCAUGGACAACCUUCGUUUGCAUACUACGAUAACUCAACACAGCAACAAGGCCACUACACCAGCCAGCCAUCAGACCUGCCGUGGUAUGGACAGUCGCAGUACGCGACCCGGGGGAUGGAGCAACCAAUCUACCAGGCUCCGGCCAUGAAUAUGCACCAGAUGGCCACCACCAAUGCCUUCCGCGGUGCUACCAUGAGCAUGACUCCAAUUGCCUCGCCCCAGCCCUCUCAGAUGAAGCCCUCCAUUAUUGUGCAGCAAGGCUCUCCCGCCUUGAUGCCUUUGGACACCCGCUUCCUGAGCCACGAUAUGUACGGCUUCCCAUCUACGCCACCACUGUCGUCCUCUGGGAGCUCCAUCAGCAGCCCCCCGUCUGCCAAUGGCACCUUGCACACCCCGAUCCACGACAGCUUCUUUGGCUUUGACAAGGUGGAGGGCGUCAAGGAGGGGUGCGAGACUGAUGUGCACACUGAGCUUCUGGCCAACCAGGAUUGGACACGCACUGAUUCGCCUCCAAUGACACCUGUGUUCAUCCACCCGCCAUCACUUACUGCCAGCCACUCGGACCUGCUCUCCGCCCACUCUUGCCCCUCGCUUUCCCCCUCCCCCUCUCCCGUCCCCACCGACAUUCUCUCCCAAUCUCAGACCUUGACUGCUGAGCACCCUGGCGCCUCUUUCUGCGAUCCCCGUCAGCUCACAGUUGAGCCGUCGGUGAAUGUGCACACCCCCCAGGACCUCCCUCCCCUGCCGACCCUCUCUUGCGAAGAAGAGGAGCCUCGUGCCGUUGUGGGCAGCGCCUCUGUGACGCUCCCCGUCAAUGAGAACCCGUCUCCCUCUUACACUUCGUCAACCGAGGACCCUCUGAGCUCUCUCCCUACCUUUGACAGCUUUUCGGACCUCGACUCGGAUGAUGAGAUCAACCGCCUGGUGGAGUUCCACCCGGCCGCCAAUGCCGUCUACUUGGGUGAUAAGCGCCAGCGGAUGAACCAAUAUCUGGCUGAGGAUGACGGAUUCCUCAGCGAGCACAGCAUUGAGGACUCGGAUGACAGCGAGACUUUCGUCCUUCCCACCGGCUUGCCGUCCUUCGAUUGGACCGAGUCAAACCAGUCGGCUCAGUCCGAGGCCGAUGAGGAGGAGCCCAAGACCAAGAAGCGUAGCAACCGCAAGUCCGCCCGCAAGAACGUCCAGAUCGAUGAAGAGGUUGAGCACAUGUCCACGGCCCACUCCCACUCCCCGGGAGCUGACAGCUGCUGCACUGACUCGGAGCCUGCACCUGUGUCGGUCAACCGUCGCGGCCGCAAGCAGUCUCUGACCGAGGACCCAUCCAAGACUUUUGUCUGCACUCUUUGCUCUCGUCGGUUCCGUCGCCAGGAGCACCUCAAGCGCCACUACCGCUCGCUGCACACUCAGGAUAAGCCUUUCGAGUGCAACGAGUGUGGCAAGAAGUUCUCCCGCAGUGAUAACCUGGCUCAGCACGCCCGAACCCACGGUGCCGGAUCGAUGGUCAUGGGCGUCUUGGACUCGAGUGAGGCCAUGUCGUACGAUGACCAACACGACGCCGGUGCCCUGGGGGCCGUUAUGUACGAAUCCCAAACUGGUUCCGAGGCCAGCCCUGACCGGCGAUCGGUCAAGAAGCGCAAGCGUGACUUGGCUUAA